AUGAAAGACACCACAUCGAACAAGCAGUCUCGCAAUUCUCUCAUCUACCCGAAGAAGCGCCCUUCCCCCCACGGCAUUUCGAAAGCUCACAAGUCACCUCUUCUUCCCUCUAACGGAAUCGCCAGACGGACACCUCGCUCUGCCAAGCUCGCCCUCGUUCAACAACGCCAACGCGAGUCCCAGAUUUCGGCUCUGCGUCGGGACGGCUUCUUUCUCGAGGAGGAGUACCAAGAUGAAGUCCACCGUUACAUGCUCGACAUGGAGCGGUUUACCAUGUCGUCAACCCAAUCAAUGGACCAACAACCGGAGAUCAAGUGGCACAUGCGGCCGUGUCUUGUUGACUUUUUGGUGGAGAUCCAUUUCACCUUCCGCCUCCGCCCAGAAACGCUCUACCUCACUCUGAACAUCGUGGACCGAUACGUCUCUCGCCGCGUUGUCUACAUCAAACAUUAUCAAUUGGUUGGAUGCGCUGCCCUUUGGAUCGCUGCCAAGUUUGAGGACGCCAAAGACCGGGUACCCACAGUCCAGGAUCUCGUCGCCAUCUGCCGCGAAACCUACGAGGAGUCCGCAUUUAUUCAAAUGGAAGGCCAUGUUCUCUCGACCAUCCAGUGGACUCUUGGGCAUCCGACAGCGGAGGCCUGGUUGAGGUUAAUGUGCUGUACCCCUUGUGUUGAAGACCCCAAGGUUCAACACGUUGCGCGGUUUUUGAUGGAGAUCACCCUCUUCUAUCGCGAAUUCCUCAAGUACAUGCCGUCCACCAUUUCCCUCGCCGCUCUCACACUGGCAAGAUACUUGUGUGACAAGCCUCGUCGUGUAUGGGAGGAGACCGAAGAAUGUUUGGAAGUCAUCGAGUACCUGGAUACCCGUCUCGCCCUCCAUGUCAACGAUUUGUCGGAAACGCUGGUUAAGAAGUACUCAUACGCGUUCUACUCCAAGGCUGCGACGUUCGUUGUUCAGUGGUACCUUCAAGGCAAUCGUUUUUCUCCUGCUCGAUCCACUGUUGUACCAUUACCCGUCACGCCCAAACGCUCAUCGGUUUCUGCCAUGAGUACGCCCGCAAGCACGACAACGACAGCCUCUGAUAUCUCGGAUGACAUGCCCAUGACACCGACUACCCCUUCGUUCAGCAGCGAUCCUUUCACGAGCUCGCAUUCGUCGGACGACAAGGAAAACCUGUCAUCGACAUUUGAGCCUGUUCUUAACAAGCUUCGUCUCGACAACCCUCCAGAGCAAUACCUUCCACACGACUUUGUCAUGUUCGGACGCCAAGCUCUCCACAAUCUCAACAUCUCGUCCCCCCGCACGGCGCUCGUGUCAUAA